UUUGGCACAUAUUGUUGCUUGUUUGUGAAUGUGAGGAAGGAGCCUGUUUAGUAGCUCGGAUGCUCGAUUUAUUUAUUUAUUUAUUUUUUUCCGAUGAUUAAUUUGUUGUUGAUUGUUAUGGAGAAGGAUAAGCAUUGCUUGAAAUCUCAUCGUUUUUGUUUCUACUUUACUCUAAUUUCUCUGUAUGGAGAGAGAUUACAACGUAACUAUGGGGAUCGUUACCGCUCGGGCACAGAACACGACGCAAGUGUGAAAAGGCUUCAUAGAGAAACUGUGCAAAGCUCAGAGGCUUACAUGUAUAACCUGUAGAUUGAUACAAAAACAAGCCUUCCAAGCACUGGGGCACAGAAUAGGCAUGGCUAAGUUAUUGCGGACGGUUGUAAUCUAUCUUAUCUUCAGAAAUGGCUGGAGAAAACUGCUUGUCGUCUGUUUGAUAUUCACGUUUACUAGCAUUUUGAUACUGAUUUCUUCGUUGCCUUAUCCACUGACCGAAUGGAUUCACCUACCGCAUCCUGCAACUUCAUCUUCGAGUAAUUCAGUACGUUUGGGUGAGAAUCAUUUUUCAGCAUUGGGCGCUCGGCAUGAAAUCGUGCAAGACAACUCUGUAGUGGUUCCGCAUAAUUCUUCGACUGAGCCAAAUAAAACUGUGCUACUUGAAAAAAAGGAGAAGGAUGUACCUCAAAGAAGCAAAGGACAUAGACGCGGAAGGUUAAUGGACUCGAUUGGUCCACCAUCUCCUCAUAUGGUUAAACGUCUCCCGCGUCAGUUGGAGAGGUACCUGUCAUCGUUGUCGCCGGAUGAGGCACUUGCAUUCGUUAGAAAAGAUAUCGAGAAUGCAUCCAGAGACAGUGGUGAUAAUCCGGAAUUAUAUGCUCCCUUGUUCCGGAAUGUUUCCACUUUCAUGAGGAGCUAUGAAUGGAUGGAGCAGAUUCUAAAAGUAUACAUUUACAAAGAAGGGGAGAAGCCUAUUUUCCAGGAGCCUCAUCUUUCUGGAAUCUACGCCUCUGAAGGAUGGUUUCUGAGAUUGAUGCUAGCAAACAGGCACUUUGUAACAAAGGAUCCUGAGAAGGCUCACUUGUUCUAUCUCCCAUACAGCGCCCGCCAACUACAGAUGACUCUCUAUGUCCCCGGUUCGCAUAAUUUGAAUCCAUUAAUAGUCUUUCUACGUGACUAUGUGAACAUGCUUUCUUCCAAGUACCGGUACUGGAAUCGCACUCGCGGAUCGGAUCAUUUUAUUGUUGCCUGCCAUGAUUGGGGGCCUUAUACAUUGAAGGGGCAUAAGGAGCUAUUGCAAAACACCAUUAAAGCUCUGUGCAACGCCGAUGCAUCGGAGGGUAUUUUUGAUCCUCGAAAAGAUGUUUCCCUCCCGGAAACUACGAUAAGAAGACCUCGCAGGCCUCUUAGAAAUAUUGGUGGGAAGAAAGUGUCGGAACGAUCAAUUCUGGCCUUCUUUUCCGGGCGCCGGCAUGGCAAGGUUCGCCCGGAGCUCCUAAAGCAUUGGAGCGACAAGGACGAUGACAUGAGGAUUUAUGGACCACUGCCAAACCGAGUGUCGAGAUUUACGUCAUACCCUCAGCUUAUGAAAUCAAGCAAAUACUGCAUCUGUCCUAUGGGGUUCGAUGUCAACAGCCCGAGGAUUGUUGAGUCUAUAUACUAUGAAUGUGUCCCGGUGAUCAUAGCCGAUAAUCUGGUCCUGCCGUUCAGCGAUGUUCUUGAUUGGGACGCCUUCUCUUUCCGAGUACCCGAAAAGGAUAUUCCCAAUCUGAAGGAGAUACUCCUAGCAAUACCUAUGGAAAGAUACAUUGUGAUGCAGAACAAUGUGAAGAAGCUGCAGAGGCACUUCCUUUGGAAUUUCCGGCCAGUCCCCUUCGAUCUUUUCCAUAUGAUCCUACAUUCGCUAUGGUCGAGCAGGCUCAAACAGAUUCAAACACUACUUCCAUCAUAGUACCUCAUCAUGGCAUGAUCUGAUCCUAUUAUGGUUCAGAUUUCAUGAUCAAUCCUAGAGUUUCUUCAAAAUGGCUAUGGUCUGGUUAAGAAUCCUGUUGAAGAGGAGAUCAAGAAGUGAAGUAGAGGAUCAUGGAUAGAUCAUGUUUAUUACUAUAAUUAUUAUUGAUUAGUUUGGUUCAUCAUAAGAACAGAAAGAAGGCAGCAGAAACAGCGGUCAUAUUACUGAGGUUAUGAUGGUGGUAAUGAGCUAAUGCUGUGUAGAACAGCUUUUAGUCAUUAUCAUCAUCAUCUUCUUCAUCUUCAUCUUCUUCCUCAAGCUCAAGAAAGCACUUGACCCACUCCAAACCAUA